AUGACCAAAGCAUUCAGCAUGUCAUUGCCAGAUUCUCGACCGUCAUUCGACGACCAAACCUCUUUUGACAACGCAAAUCGUGGUUUCAUCGCGGCUCUUGAACCCUGCAUCAUCAAGAACAAAGACGGCAAAGAUGUCUGGAAUGACGAGGAUUACGCUUUCCUGAGUGAAAGCUGUCCGUCUUCCGCAAACCCCAGUCUAUGGCGACAGGGCCAGCUUACCAGCAAACAGGGGCUUUUCGAAGUCACGGCCGGAAUUUACCAGAUCCGUGGUUUUGACAUCUCCAACAUGACCCUGGCCGAAGGCAAGACCGGAGUUGUUGUUCUAGACUGUCUACAGUCUGUCGAAUGCGCUGCCAAGGCAUUGGAGUUCUACCGACUUCAUCGAGGAGAGCGGCCGGUGAUGGGGCUUGUAUAUUCACACUGCCACUAUGAUCACUUUAGUGGUGCGCUCGGGAUACUUCCCAACUACUCCUCAGAUGCGGAAAGUGUGCCAAUCAUUGCUCCUGCCGGCUUUUUAGAGGAAGUUCUGAAAGAAAAGGUGGUGGUAGGGCCUGCUAUGCUGAAUCGCGCUGUGUACAUGUUUGGCGAGUCUCUGCCCAAAGGACCAACAGGGCAUAUUGGCUGCGGACUAGGCAUAGCUAGCUCCUCAGGUACUCGCUCGUUGAUACCUCCAAACGACAUAAUCACUACGACUGGCCAGUCACGGACUAUAGACGAUGUCCAGCUCGUGUUCCAAAUGGUUCCGGACACUGAGGCACCAAGCGAAUUCAACGUAUUCUUCCCAGCCCAUCGCGCCCUUUGCAUCGCAGAAUGCGCCACAAACACCAUGCACAAUAUUGCCACCCUGCGUGGUGCCGCUGUACGGGAUGCGAAGAAGUGGUCCAAGCACUUGGACGAGACCAUCGACCUAUACGGUAAAGAAAGCGACGUCUUGUUCUCGAGCCACCACUGGCCAACCUGGGGUCGCAAGCAGCUCAUAAAGUUCAUCUCCGAUCAGCGUGAUCUGUACGGUUACAUGCAUGAUCAGACGGUAAGGAUGAUGAACACCGGUCUCACCGGGGUCGAAAUCGCAGAGACGCUACGGCUCCCGCCUGCAUUGCAGCGAGAAUGGCAUACGCGGGAGUAUUAUGGAGCUUUGAACCAGAAUAUCAAAGGUAUCUAUCAGCGUUAUAUGACCUGGUUUGACGGCAAUGCUGCGAACUUGUGGAAGCAUGUGCCUGUCGAGGAGGGCAAGCGGUAUGUGGCUUGUAUGGGUGGCGUGGAUGCCGUUAUGAAGAAGGCGCAAGAGAGCGCCCGUCAGCAGCUUGCGCAGGUGUACGAGACUCUAGCAUUCGGCUCGGAGAAUGCGGUCUGGCGUAACUAUUAUCUCACGACAGCACACACGCUCAGAAGCGCAGAUGAUCCCGGCAUGAUGUCGAGAGGCGCUGCGUCUGGGCCUUUGGCCAUCAGUCCUUACUCUUCCGUAGAGGACUGGCUCGAUGCACUGUCAUUAAGGAUCGAUGGGCCGGAAGCCUCCAACUUACACAACGAGAUUGUUGUUUCGCUCACGAUGUUAGAUGAUCAAGUAACAUGGAUACUGCGGCUGCGGCAUGGCACGUUGACAUAUCGUAGUCGAGCCAGCAACGAACGCCGAGAUGGUAGCUUCGUCGACCUCGAGGUUACGCUGAGCAAAGCGGACUUAUACAAGGUCAUAUCGACUGGUACAGUCAAUGCAAUCGAAGGGAACCAGGCGGGAGAUCUUGUUGUUCUGAAGACACUUCUGAGCGUUUGUGGCUUCUGA